GAAGGGGGACUGGAGAGGGGGCGAUUGGGCAACCGGGCUGCGCAAACACAGGAGGUCAAAGAUUGCGCCCAGCCAGCCCCGGCGGGGGAUAAAGGGGCGCGGGGAGGCUGCGCAGAAGCCACUCCACUCCGCAGACCCCAGGAUGAGGCUCGCCGUCCGCGCCCUGCUGGCCUGCGCCGUCCUGGGGUUGUGUCUGGCUGUCCCUGAGAAUACCGUGAGAUGGUGUGCCGUGUCGGAUCAUGAGGCCAGUAAGUGCCACAGUUUCCGUGACAAUAUGAAAAAAGUCCUUCCAGCAGAUGGUCUCCGCGUUGUUUGUGUGAAGAAAGCCUCUUACCUUGACUGUAUCAAAGCCAUUGCGGCAAACGAAGCAGAUGCCGUGACGCUGGACGCAGGUUUGGUGUAUGAGGCAGGCCUGACUCCCAACAACCUGAAGCCUGUGGUGGCAGAGUUCUAUGGGUCCAAAGAGCGUCCACAAACAUACUAUUAUGCUGUGGCUGUGGUGAAGAAAGGCAGCGACUUCCAGCUGAACGAGCUCCGAGGCAAGAAGUCCUGCCACACGGGCCUUGGAAGGUCUGCUGGGUGGAACAUCCCCAUGGGCUUACUUUAUUGUGACUUACCUGAGCCACGUAAGCCUCUUGAGAAAGCAGCAGCCAAUUUCUUCUCGGGCAGCUGCGUUCCCUGUGCAGAUGGGGCAGACUUCCCCCAACUGUGUCAACUGUGUCCAGGGUGUGGCUGCUCCACCCUUCAACCAUACUUCGGUUACUCAGGCGCCUUCAAGUGUCUGAAGGAUGAUGCUGGGGAGGUGGCCUUUGUCAAGCACUCGACCAUAUUUGAGAACCUGGAACAGAAGGCUGACAGGGACCAAUAUGAGCUGCUCUGCCGGGACAACACCCGGAGGCCAGUGGACGAAUAUGAGACGUGCCACUUGGCCCGGGUCCCUUCUCAUGCCGUCGUGGCCCGAAGUGUGGGUGGCAAGGAGGACUUAAUCUGGGAGCUUCUUGAUAAGGCUCAGGAACAUUUCGGCAGAGACACGUCAGCAGACUUCCAACUGUUCAGCUCUCCUCAUGGGAAGGACCUGCUGUUUAAGGACUCGGCCCACGGAUUUUUAAAGGUGCCCCCUAGGAUGGACGCCAGCCUGUACCUGGGAUAUGAGUAUGUCACUGCCGUUCGGAAUCUACGGGAAGGCAAAUGCCCAGAAGCCACAAAGGAUGAAUGCAAGCCAGUGAAGUGGUGUGCCCUGAGCCACCACGAGAGGCAAAAGUGUGAUGAGUGGAGUGCCAUCAGUGAUGGGCAAAUAGAGUGUGAAUCAGCAGAGACCACCGAAGACUGCAUUGCCAAGAUCAUGAAUGGAGAAGCUGAUGCCAUGAGCAUGGAUGGAGGAUAUGUCUACAUAGCGGGCAAAUGUGGUCUGGUGCCUGUCAUGGCAGAAAACUACAAAAAAGGCUCUGACUGUGUCGGUUCACCAGAGGAAGGGUAUUUGGCUGUGGCAGUAGUGAAGAAAUCAGAUGCUGACCUCACCUGGAACUCUCUGAAAGGCAAGAAGUCCUGCCACACUGCCGUGGACAGAACUGCGGGCUGGAACAUCCCCAUGGGCUUGCUCUACAACAAGAUCAACCACUGCCAAUUUGGUGAAUUUUUCAGUCAAAGCUGUGCCCCUGGAUCUGACAAAAAUUCCAACCUCUGUGAGCUAUGCAUGGGCUCAGGCCCAAACAAGUGUGAGCCUAACAACAAAGAGGGAUACUAUGGCUACACAGGGGCUUUCAGGUGUCUGGUUGAAAAGGGAGAUGUAGCCUUUGUGAAACACAAGACUGUCGAGCAGAACACUAAUGGUAUGUGCACAUGCUCCUCUGUCCCCAUAAAAUCUGAGUCACUGGGAUUCACUUGUAUUCAGGGAUGCCUUUGUGGAA